UUGCAUCUUCUGCUUCGGGGUUUUGAAACUGAGGACAGUCAUCCCAGAUCUGAAUGUCGGUACUUAAGAUGAAUUCGAUGUGAACCGGUCCCUCGUGGUGUGAUGUACCUGAUGUGCCUAGUGACAAGGUGUACAUAACCUCACAAAUGAGAUAGAUCACACCGUACAACCCAUCGAGAUCGGCUGACAAUAACCUAUAUUUAGCAGUUCGGCUAAGCGUCUGUUUGCUUUUUCUUUAGAUGCGCAUGUUUAUUCGACUAUGUUAAUAACUUGAUUGAUUAUAACACGCAGUAAACUUGGGGAGGUGAAACAGGCAACAACAAACAGUGUACAUGCAUCAACUUGACCUAUCACCUCACUGCCAAGACAAGGGUAGUGUUUGACCAAAUUACAGUUAUUGCUAAAGCCUUCCUUUCCGUAUUGCAUACCUGAGCUUCUGAAUUCACUGUGACCUAAAUACGACAUAGUGACCCGGAUGUUGAUCUGUAUGCUUGCAGUUGAACAACAGCGUACAGCAGUUAUGGAUCAGUGCCAGACACUGUUCAUAUUGCUUUGUGUACAUUGUAAGUUGUAUCAGUGUCAUUCUAGUAUGUGGUUAUGUGAAUAGUUUAACUUGAUAUCAGGUUCUGACCGUGUUGGUGUGGACGUAAACACAAGGAAGUGCGUCCCACAAAUAAUGAUCCUUUACCAUCACGUUUCUAAUAUGUAGCUGUAUGUCAGUUAUCGUAGAACUAGUUCCAGUCAGAUACUGUUGCUGUUUGUGGUAAUCAAGGGAAUAGACUGUCAACAAACAGAUCGGACACCACACUAUCAGCAAUGCAGUACACCCGUGUCAGGUCGGACGUCAUACCACACAAGGAGGUCGACAGUGCAAACAGUGUGCAUCUAACAGAUGAACAAGUACCUCACACAUACUGUCUGAUCGAACACUGUUCAAAGUGUGAAGCGGCAGUUGGAAUGUUUACAGAGCUUGUCUUUUCAGAAAGCAAUGUCUUGUCAAUGGAAAUGAAUGUCACCUACCUGUAUGGUAUGAUGGGUCACGAGAGAUACGAUAAGAGGAAAAGGCGAGAAAAAAGGGACAAAAAAAUUCAGGAACUGGCUAAGAACGUGUCAGCACUGCGUAAUACAAACGGUGGAUGCGUACUGAUUCAUCUUGUUGGUUUAGCAUCAGAGGAUGUUUUCACUGGUGCGUUUGAUGAGUUUGUCGAUGUAAAACUAAAUAACUUGAUUCAGGAUGGUAGCCUGUUUAGCGAUGUUUAUAGGAAGGAACGACUAAGCUGUCAUCCACACCUAAAACACCUCUAUGACUUUCUGUGUCUUUACGUCAGUGCAUCUUCCACAGUGACAACUUCAAACUUUAAUACAAAGAUUGCUCUUGAUGACUGCAUAAUAGAACCGACGGCAGAAACGCUACGGAACUUCUUGAGAAAAAGAAGACAGUUCACGGAGACCUUCCACAGACUUCCAGGAAUCAAAUGUUCCGCUGACCUUGAGCAUCUACACGAAAGCAGGUCAGUUGAAAUAAAGGGCCACUUUAUUUCAAAGGAAAGCGAUGAGGAAAUUGCUCGUUCCUUACUUAAGAAUUAUAAACUUGCAGAAUACAUAACGGCAUUCUCCAAACUGGAAGGCGGAGGGUCCUACUUUUAUGGAGUCAAUGAGGUUCCUUGCACGAAGUAUGGGUAUGCAUCUAGAACAUUGAGACCCGACCCAGUUGUAGUCAGUAAUCUGGAUUAUUUAAGGAAGACGUUAGAGGAGAAGAUUCGCGAUGCUGUUCUUGUCUGUGACUAUGAUGGCAACAUACUAACAGAAGCCUCUGUAGCCAAGGUUCAUUUUAUUCCUUGCACGUCAGACCAUGAAACAAAAGACAGAAGUAGUGGUCAGCCUGUUAUUAUUCACGUCUCUGUUAGGUCAGUUAAUGGGAUUGUGUUUUAUGAUAAACUGGGACCACUUGCAUAUAUAUACGACUACGCCCACAGGCUAAUCACAAAAAUUGGUAUCCAGGAAUGGAUGCGUAUGUUUCUACAGACGAAAGUGUAACCUAUUGAGAAGAACAUUCAAAGGUCAUCCGUCUCCCUGACAACCACGAAAGCAGCUUCUCUUUACGCUUUAUGCAACAUGUCAUCGAUGAGGACGAGAACGAACUCCGUGGAAAGAAUGACUGCAUUGAAAAAGACGGCAGUAUUGUACAUAAUGUUGGACUAGCAUCCCGGCCUCAGCCCGUGUCGUGUCCUAAACUCCACCUGGACGCGGCUCGGGCCAACACCAACGAAUGCCACGUAACGACAGACGGCGAGCUGGUCAACUCGCGGCCCGACACACGGGAUGUUGGGCAGAACAGACUACAGAAGUACUGGGGGACCUAUAGCUGCCCCAUCACCCUUCCUUCAUCUCUAACCACCAUCCCCAAGUACUGGGAGACAGAGACCAGGGUGCGGGUGGUGACUGGAGUAUGGCCGUAUGUGCUGGAGAUGGGUGUUGUUGAGGCAGGACAGGUGGACAGUGGGUGGUGUGUUACUCAACAGCGUCGGUCCUGGUGCGUCAGCGUAAGGAACUGUGGUAGACACGGGGUGAAUCCCUGUACAACGGUAUACCGGGAGAGGGAGCGGGGCGAGCGUCAGCAGGACACCCUGUCCGACACUCCCGGCACACAGGCCACCCUCCACUAUGGCAUUGUACUGGAUGUGGGGAAGGGGAGAUUGGCAUUCAUUGACCUAGACAAGGAGAUUGUUCUCUUCAGAUAUGACGAGGAGUUCGGUGAACCUCUUUUCCCAGUGUUCAGUGCUGGAGAUUCAUCAUCUGGUUGCAGUACGUCAAUGAGUCUGAUCAGCGGAGAGGACAUCGACAUGACUGACACAAAGAAGGCUCUCAUGUACCAAGCGCUGAAAUAGGAAGUUAUGAAGAUAGCCUUGAGACACUGUGAAGUCAGCCAUGACACUGUGUGAAGUCAACCAUGAGGCUGACACUAUGUGAAGCCAUGAGACUGUGUGAAGUUAGCCACAACACUGUGUGAAGUCAACCCUGAGGCUGACACUAUGUGAAGCCAUGAGACUGUGUGAAGUUAGCCACAACACUGUGUGAAGUCAACCCUGAGGCUGACACUAUGUGAAGCCAUGAGACUGUGUGAAGUUAGCCACAACACUGUGUGAAGUCAACCAUGAGGCUGACACUAUGUGAAGCCAUGAGACUGUGUGAAGUUAGCCACAACACUGUGUGAAGUCAACCCUGAGGCUGACACUAUGUGAAGCCAUGAGACUGUGUGAAGUUAGCCACAACACUGUGUGAAGUCAACCCUGAGGCUGACACUAUGUGAAGCCAUGAGACUGUGUGAAGUUAGCCACAACACUGUGUGAAGUCAACCCUGAGGCUGACACUAUGUGAAGCCAUGAGACUGUGUGAAGUGAGCCAUGAGGCCAUGUGAAGUUACCGUGUAAUAUUACUGUUGUAAUGCAAUAGCCUUUCCUUCAAAAGUAGUCUUUACUAUUAUACUGUUAUUUCAUGUGUGAAGAUCCGUGAACGACAAAGAAGCAGUCUGUAAAUAAUGGAAUCUAGACCAGACAAUCCAGUGAUCAACAUCAUGAGCAUCGAUCUACGCAACUGGGAUACGAUGACACGUGUCAACAACUGAUCUCGUUAGUGGCCUCUUACGACAAGCAUGGGUUACUGAAGACUAGUUCUAACCCGGAUUUUCUUCACCCCAAUAAGUGGACCACUAUAGGGAAGACCACAGCGACGUCAGUGUUUUGAUCACGUGGCCGCCGAGUACUUCGGUAGGCAGAAGGUAAACAUAAAAAUGAGAGAACCACACAAGCUGCACUCAUUUGAUCGUCGACUUUACAUACCUAACAACUCUUCCCGGUCUGUGAUAAGUGGACCACUAUUCAACUGCCUAAAAGCAAACAUUCUCGAACAAUAUGAUGUUUUUCCAGCAUAUUUUAUUUCAAUGUAAAUAGCAAAUGUACAGACUGAUUCCAUUGUACAUACAACACACUGAAACAGAUAUGAACUAUUGAAUAUAUCAGGCCGCAUGUCUUGAAACUAUGGGGACCAAAGCAACUAUACAACUUGUCUGUGUGUACCAAGGUUCCAGUCAGACCAGCAGUGACAGCCAACUCUAUGGGUUUUACUAAUACUGACUGACCAAUAUUUGUUUUGCUGUUUAAUGUUGCAAUCAGCAACAUUCCAGCUAUGACCAAUGAGAAUAUGUAGCAUUCAAGUAGCCAUUACUGGAGAUGUGAUGGAUGCUUCCAUUACAACACAAGGCUGUCAAAUGUUCACAUUAAUAAUUUUCCUAUUUGAGGAAACAGAGCUAUGUCAUUUUUCAUGACCACAUAUGGGCAUUAUAUUGUGAUAUUUAUUUAAUUCAUUCUGUGUACACUGUUUUAUAUCCUCAUUCCCCAUAACUCAAACCGUCAAAUAAAGACAAGUUCAUAAUCACAA